GCGGUGAUGAUGGCGGCGGCGGCGGCGUGGGUCUGCCGGCGGGCUGGGCUGCGCCGGGGGAGAUGGUGUGAGCUCUCCCAUUCUUGUUUGCAAGCUUCUGCAUCAGGGCUAUGGGCAGCUGUACCCCAGCGCUCAGGAUCCAGCACCAGCAGGCCCCCUGCAGCCAGGGUGGAUUCUCCUCUGCCAGCUGGUGUUACUAAGCUUAGUUACCGCUUUGCAUCCUCUCACAAGUACAUUCCCAGGCGAGCUGUGCUGUACGUACCUGCGGAUGAUGAAAGGAAGAUACAAAAAAUCCCAUCACUAAAUGUAGAUUGUGCGGUGCUGGACUGUGAAGAUGGUGUGGCUCUGAACAGAAAGAAAGAAGCAAGGCUGACCGUUGUGAAAACCCUUGAAAAGUUUGACUUCGGCCAUGCUGAGAAGUGUGUUAGGAUAAACUCUGUCUCCAGCGGUCUUGCAGAAGAAGAUCUAGAGGUGCUUUUGCAGUCCAAGACCCUUCCUUCAAGCAUGAUGCUGCCAAAGGUUGAAAAUGUUGAAGAAAUAAGAUGGUUUUCAGACAAAUUCUUACAUCACCUAAAAGGCCGAACACUUGUAGAACCAAUGAAUUUUAUCCCCUUUGUGGAAACUGCAGUGGGCUUGCUCAAUUUUAAGGCUGUCUGUGAAGAAGCACUGAGAAGAGGAUCCCAGGUUGGCUUUCAUUUGGACGCAGUCGUCUUUGGAGGAGAGGAUUUCCGUGCCAGCAUAGGUGCAACAAGCAGUAAGGAAACUCAUGAUAUUUUAUAUGCCAGGCAAAAAAUAGUAGUCACAGCAAAGGCAUUUGGCCUUCAAGCAAUAGACCUUGUUUACAUUGAUUUCCGAGAUGAAGAUGGGCUCCGCAGGCAAUCAAGAGAAGCUGCCUCAAUGGGAUUCACUGGUAAGCAGGUGAUUCACCCCAACCAAAUUGCUGUUGUCCAGGAACAGUUCUCUCCGAGCCCUGAAAAAAUAAAGUGGGCACAAGAACUGAUUUCUGCUUUUGAAGAACAUCAGCGAUUAGGCAAGCAAACAUCUCUCACUGAGGGAUCCUCUUGCUCCACAUCCUAGCGACAUGCUAAAAUGGAGCAUUUACUUUCCAAGGAAGCAUGAUCGACAUGCCAUUACUGAAGCAGGCACAGAACAUUGUUACGCUUGCCACAGCCAUCAAGAAAAAAUGAGCUGGUAAAUGAAGCUCUCGCCAUGGGGCCCCAGUAGCUGUUUUAAAAGAUGAAUAUAAUACUGGGGGGAGGUAAAAAAAAUUUAAGAUGUCAAGCUUAAGCCGAAAUCCAUUUCCAUUUUGCAGAUCUGUCAUAGCCUGCUUGCCAGAACUGCUAAUUGCUAAAACUGUUCCCACUGCUCACUUCUGCACAGCCCAUGUACUACUCAUAACCUACAACGAAGUUACAUCAUCAACUGUAUGACAUCAUGAUAAUUACUAUGAAUAUGGGACAAUGACUUCACUGAAGGAGAAAGGCAAAACAUAAGCUAUGAGCUCUGUUAAAAAAAAGUGGAUGAAAACCGAGUCAAUCACUUCUAUUUGUAUCUACAAUUCUUCCCGCUCCAGCACAGAACUCCUGGCAGAAAGGGCAAAGCCUUGAAUAAUUACGGACCAGUUGAAAUAAUCGAGAUGAAAAUCAUUACCCUGUGCAGGCUUCGCAUCCCUUCCCUUCGCUCUCCUCCCCCCCUUCUGUAAAUGUUCAACAGCCAUUAAAAAUACUGCUCUGACAA